CCCGGCGCCCUUCCGAUCCGGGGCGCCGAGAGGUGACAGAUCAGUCUCCGGCGUCCUGUCCUGUCCUCCCGCGGGAGAAGAUGAGGACGGAACAAGAGCGCAAGGGACUGGAGCCGGACUCUUUAACAGCCCGGAGAAGCCGUCGACCCGCUGAACCCCAAACGCUCAACGGCUAGCGCCGCCCUUCCCGCCUCAAGCCGCCUUGAGCUCCCCGAGGAGUCCCCGCCCCCUCCCGGCAGCCGUUGCGCCGCGGCGGACGUCUCAGACUGGCACGCGUAGCCGCUGCGACCAUUUUGGACGAGGGCGGGAAGGCAAAGCGAUAGGGCGAAGCCGGCUCGCGUCACAAUGGUCACGACUGCGUGGAAGGAGAAUUCGAGAGGCUGCGUUGCCGCCAUUUUUUCCUAAAUUCUGAUUAUGUACCUUUUGCCCAUCUGUAUCAGUCGUUAUCCACUCUAGCGGGCCCUCGGAAGGCCGGUUCUGGCCUCUAGUGGCUCUGAUGCCCGCUCUCUGACUCCUGGGCCCGGCCUGCGGGCGAUCGUGAGCGCGGGACGCCGCGUGUGAUCAGACCCGCUAGGAGAGGCGGGUGUCCUGCCGCCGGCGCUGGUGGUUGCCAUGGGGCCGCCUUUGGCUCAGCUCCCUCCCUGGGCCCCGAAUCAGGCAGGACCCAAGUCCGGGGAGCCCUGGGCCAUAACCUUCGCGGACGUGGCCGUGUACUUCUCCCCGGAGGAGUGGGGGUGUCUGCAGCCCACGCAGAGAGCCCUGUACCGGGACGUGAUGCGCGACACCUACGUCCUCCUGAGCGCCCUCGGUGAGGUCCUGCUGCCCGCCUGGCCCACACCCCGCGGCUCCUCUGGGUCCUGCACGUUGGGGGUUGUCGGUGUGUGGGACGACCUCGAAUCCUGGGGUUUGGAUUCUUCUCCCUUAGGAGGUGGAGGCGCCAAGCCAGCGCUGAUCUCCUGGGUGGAGCGAGAGGCCGAACUGUGGGAUCCAGAUGCCCAGGAUCCAGAGGUGCCCAAGUGGCCAACAGAAGCAGACACAGAUUGUAGAAACAAAGAAGAGAAAAAAGAAAAGGAAGUGCCUGAAGCACUGGAGAAGACACUUUCUCCAGACUCUCGGCCUCCUGGACUGAAGGGUCCCCAAGCCUCCUUUGUUGGGCUCCCGUAUGUCUUGGAGCUGCCCUCCAAAGCACAUCACCGGGGCCGCCCGCCUCUCCGAGCCCACCCUUCUGUCCCACGAGCAGACCAGCGUCAUGGGUGCUACGUGUGUGGAAAGAGCUUUGCCUGGCGCUCCACGCUGGUGGAGCAUCUCUACACUCAUACGGGCGAGAAGCCUUUCCAGUGCCCUGACUGCGGCAAGGGCUUUGGCCGAGCUUCUUCCCUGAGCAAGCACCGCGCCAUCCACCGAGGGGAACGGCCCCACUGCUGCCCUAACUGUGGUCGGGCCUUCACACAGCGCUCGGCUCUCACCACCCACCUUCGGGUCCACACUGGCGAGAAGCCCUACUGCUGUGCUGACUGCGGCCGCUGCUUCAGCCAGAGCUCUGCCCUCUACCAGCACCAGCGUGUGCACAGCGGCAAGACCCCCUUCCCCUGCACUGACUGUGGCCGUGCCUUCGCCCACGCCUCCGACCUGCGGCGACACGUCCGGACCCACACGGGCGAGAAGCCCUACCCCUGUCCAGACUGUGGGCGCUGUUUCCGGCAGAGCUCAGAAAUGGUCGCCCACAGGCGAACCCACAGUGGCGAGCGCCCCUACCCCUGUCCUCAGUGUGGGAGGUGCUUCGGCCAGAAGUCAGCCAUGGCCAAACACCAGUGGGUCCAUCGGCCGAGAGUCGGGGGCCGCAGGGGUGGGGGGGGCAGUGGGUUGCCUAUGCCCCUGGCCCCUGGCCCACGGGACCUGGACCCACCUGUGGGCUUUCAGCACUACCCAGAGAUUUUCCAGGAGUGUGGGUGACAACCUCAAAAAUGACAAGGCAAGGGUGAAGAUCUAGACACUGCCUGAGGCCCCAGAUGGGCUUGGGGCAGCCUCUGUGGCAGCCUUGAGGAAGGUUGCAGAGUCUAGCGAGAGCUGGAUGGGGGACUGGGGAGUCUCAUGGGCCCUCACCAGCUCCAUCUGCGAUGCUUUGCUCCCUACUGCCCUGGACCAGACUGUAGAAGAGCUCCCUACUAUGGGGAGGGCCGAGGUGGGAACCCCAUUGGACCUUGAGGAGGACUUUGUUGACUCUGUGUUUUUUGUGUGUGUGUGCUGGGGAUCAAACCCAGGGCUUAGGUUUGCUAAGAAAGUGUUACCACUGAGCCACAUCCCCAGCCCCCCUUCACCCCUCCCUUUUUGGAGGUACUAGAGAGUGAACUCGGGUUCUUCACCCUGAUCUACAUUCCCGGCCUAUUUAUUUAUUUAUUUAUUUAUUUUUGAGACAGGGUCUCACUAUUUAGCUAAGUUGCCCAGGCUGGACUUGAACUUGUGAGCCUUCUGCCUCAGCUUCUCAGAGUGCUGGAAUUUCAAGCAUGUGCCACCAGGUCUAGCCACCCAGCCCUUCUAAAAUUUAUUUUGAGAGCCAGGUAUGGUGGCAGGCAUUUGUAAUCCCAGCAAUUGGGAGGCUGAGGCAUAAGGAUUGCCAUGAAUUCAAGGUCAGCCUGGAAUACAUAGUAAGACCUUGCCUCCAAAAAAAAGUGUAUGUAUAUAUAUACAUAUAUAUAAAUUUUAUUUUGAGAAGAGGUCUUACCAUGUUGCUCAGGGAUUAUAGGCCUGUGCCAUGUGCCUGGUUUUGACCCAUUGUCUCUUUAGUACAGAAGUUAAAACUGGUGGCCCAGUCCUGAAUUGGCCCUGCAGGUAUUUUAUUUACUUUGAUGCAAGCAGUAUUUUCAAAUGUUAUAAAUUAGUGGUCAAGAAGUAAAAAUCAGAACCUAAAUCUGGUGAUGCCUACUUGUAAUGCUAACAUUUGGGAGGCUGACGCAGGACAAUCACAAGUUUGAGGCCGGUCUGGACUACAUAGUUCAAGGCCAGCCUGUCUAAAAAAUCAAACAAACAGGGCUGAGGAUUUAGCUCAGUGGUGCCCCCGCUUGCCUCGCAAGCGUAAGGUCCCAAGUUCCGUCCCUGGUACCAAAAAUCAAACAUUUAACAUCCAGGUACUGAUCACAAAAAUCUAGGUUAUUGCCUUCUCUUGAAAAACUGAGAGGCUUGGCAACUUGACAUAAAUUCUCACAAAACCAUAAUAUGGGGGAGCUGAGCAGCAGUUGAAUUCGAAAACCAUGGUCUGUAGUACGUUCAUUUCCUGCAUCAGAGGGGUUGUGUGUUAAGGAUGGCAGGAGGGAAGUAAAGGGAGGCGUUAUAUCAAAUCUCACUUGUUUUGGCCUUGUGGUUUAUGAAGUACUUGUCUCUUCUGUCAUCUGAUUUUGCUCUUGUAACUGCCUGGGAAGAAAGCAGCUUGCUUGGAGAGAGACCUCCAGGCAGGAAGAGGCUGUCGGGCAUGUCUUCACCCCAAAGCGUGCGUUAUGUGUGCUCAGCCGAUGGGCACCUCAUGGUUUUGGAGGGGAGGCCCAGGAGCCUGCCCUGUCUGCAGGCCUGGCCAUGCUAGACCCAGCCUGGGCCUCCUCAUGGGCCUGGACUGGAUGGGAGUUUAGCUUUUUCAGUUGGGGACACUGACCAGGUGACCAGGUUGGGGACACUGAGCAACCUGCCCAAAGCCACACAGUUCAACUGCAGAAUUCCUAGUCUACUGCUGCCUUUAUUGCUUUGUGGAAUUGGAAAUUGAACCCAGGGCUUUGAAGCACAUGCUAGGCAACUACUUUACCACUGAGCUACAGCCUCAGCAGUGUUUGGUUUUGUUUUGUUUUUGUAGGACUGGGGAUUGAACCCAGGACCUUUAUACUGAGCUACAUCACCAGCCCUUUUAAAAAUUUUAUUUUUAAUCACUUCUUGGGCUUUUGGCUAAGAUGAAGUGCAAAAUUUACAGUAAGACCCUAACUUACAGACACUCAAGUUAUGAACUUUCGUAGGUGCACUGUAAAAGACUCACUUUGUCAGUUUACAAACAAAUCGGGGACUUACUGUGUUUUGAGACGGUUCAAGGUUUCAAUAAAUUGUCCAGGCUAGCCUUGAA